AUGCGUCAUCUUUCCACCACCACCACUUUUUGCUUCUUAUCUGUGAGUUUUUAAAUUUUAUUGAUAAUUGGAGUCCGAUGAGUCAGAGGGGGACACUUUGCAACUGAACACAGACGCUUCGCAACCAGGACCCCCCAUUUCCAGCUCCUUCUCCUCGUGCUGGUCCCUCUCCGCUCGUGCUCGGAGACGCGUGGCGAGUGCCUCACCGACCGCAACUGUCUUUCCAACCACAAAUGCGUGAACCGCGCGUGUUUCCACCGCAACGAGCACGUCUUCAAGUGUGUCAACGACGUCAACUGCCCCGAUUACCACGUGUGUCGAAACCAAGUGUGUUUGAUGGAGAAGAAGAAGAAGACGACGACGAGACGGUUCAGCGGACAUUUCACGAGCAAUUGA